UUUUCUCAUCCUCUUAAAUGAAAAUUCAGUUGUUCCUGCAUUCCACGUGUUAUUGUUUACGAAAUAUAAUCAAUUCAUGUUAAAUGGAGUGGAAAUCCCUAUCGAUCUCGCCGUCGUUUUGCAGAUUAAUAGCUCGAGGCAUUGUCUACAUAUUAGGCACGAAAUUGACUAGGUGAAUUUUAUACUGUUUGGCAAAUUGAGGGCAAAAUAGAGAAUAAAUGGCGGCGGUGGCUAAUCAGACCUUCAGUUUCUCUAAGCUGUCGAGGUCAAGACACGUCAAUCCAUUGGCACCUCCGGCGGCGGCGUUUCAGAGCUGCGGAGGUAGGAAGCUCGAGGUUUGCGGUGGCGCUGCCGCGAGAUCGAGAUUCGUGUCGCCAAUUAGGGCAAUGGAAAAUUCGCGCCGCGAGAUCGAGAAUCGUGCGACGAAGCACGCCAACGGCGCGGCAAAUCAAUCUCUGGUCGAUUCCGCCGCCGGAGGUAAAAAAACUGUUGAGGUGGGUACAGUAGGGAAUUCUACGAAUAUUGCGUGGCACAAGUGUUCUGUGGAAAAGUGCGAUAGAGAGGAGAUGCUUAAUCAAAAGGGCUGCGUUAUUUGGAUCACUGGUUUAAGUGGAUCAGGAAAGAGCACUGUGGCAUGUGCUUUAAGUCGUGCUUUACAUGCCAGAGGAAAGCUCAGUUAUGUCCUUGAUGGGGAUAACUGUAGGCAUGGUCUAAACCGCGAUUUAAGUUUUAAAGCUGAAGAUAGAUCUGAGAAUAUAAGAAGGAUAGGCGAGGUGGCAAAGCUUUUUGCAGAUGCUGGAGUAAUUUGUAUUGCAAGUUUAAUAUCACCAUUCAGGAAGGAGAGAGAUGCCUGCCGAGAUUUACUUCCUGAAGGGGAUUUUAUCGAGGUAUAUAUGGAUGUGCCGUUACAAGUUUGUGAGACAAGGGAUCCCAAGGGAUUGUACAAGCUUGCACGAGCUGGAAAAAUCAAAGGUUUCACAGGUGUGGACGAUCCGUAUGAGCCACCACUGAACUCUGAGAUAGUAUUGCAGCAAAGUGAAGGAAUAUGUCAUUCUCCAGCUGUUCUGGCUGAGCAAGUUAUUUCAUAUUUGGAAAUAAAAGGAUAUCUGAAGUCAUAAUGUGCAAAGGUUGUAGUUGAUUGAUCAAUCAACUACAAUUGAUAUGCUAUGUGCCCAGUUUUAGGAUAUUUGAGCGACUAAUCUCAUCUCGGUUAGUUGAUUUAUCGAUCAACUACGACGACCAACAAAUCGGAUGCACCUCCCUAAGCUGCAUUUGUCAAAUAAAUGUACGUAUCUUUUAUCAACUUUUCAUCUUGUACUGAAUAAUGUGAUGUUUUUGUUGUAUCCCUUAUUUAAUAGAAAUAGAAAAAACUGGCGUUUGUAUUAUUUUUCAGAUGGUACUGAAUAUCUUCCUAAUUCCUAUUUUAUUAUUUCUUCGAAUUAAGGAACAACAUGCUGUUGUAA